UUCCUGCUCUUCACCACGUUCUGGAUCGCUAAACCACAAGAAAACCCUCUAAGGCAGAAAUCCACCAGUUGAUCCUGAAAAGUCCCAGGGAAGGACAAUGAGAUGGGUAUUUGAAAGAGCUGCCUCCUCCUAACUUGUUCAUCGACCUCCAUAUGAACAGAAGACAGAAUGGCAUGAAAACCCUUAUGGAGGAAACAGACAGAGACUGAUAUAGAAAAGCACAUCCAAUAAAAAUGAAGAGUCGUGGAUUCCUGUCUCAAGCGUUGUGUGCCUCUGAAAUUUCCCACAAGAUAAAGUGGUUGAAAUUGAGCAGAACACCAUGGGCAGCCACAUGGAAGAGGACAUUCUCAAAAAGGAUUUCAGGAUGUUAAUAUCUCUAGGCUGUGGUUCAUUCGGGGAGGUGAAGCUGGCCUGCCACCUUCCCACACAUACACGAGUGGCUGUCAAGGUCCUUGAGAAAAACACCAACAGUGUGGCUGACAUCAGCACUGAAGUGAAUAUCCUUCAGUCUUUAGAACACAGGAACAUUGUUCGAUUUUUUGACAUGAUCGACACACCGACAACUUCUUAUCUGAUUAUGGAGUAUGUGGCAGGAGAAGAUCUGGAGAGCUGCCUCAGGGCACUGGGCUGUCUAAAGGAGGAGGAGGCUAGAGUGAUUUUCCGGCAGGUGGUGUCAGCGGUUCACUUCCUCCACCAAAGACACAUCACACACCGGGAUAUCAAAUUAGAAAACAUCCUAGUCAAUGCAGCAGGAGAUGCAAAGCUUUGUGACUUUGGUAUGGCAAUUCAAAUCACGGAGGGGCAGAAGUUGGAGGAGCUCUGUGGCUCCUUGCUCUAUUGGACCCCAGAGAUCUUGGCCAGAAAACCCUAUGGUGGACUCGCAGGUGAUAUAUGGAGCUUGAGUAUCUUCCUGUAUGUCCUGGUCACAGGGUACUUUCCAUACAUGGAAGAAACCCUUGAAAGAAUGUGCAAGGUCAUCAUCACCACAAUAUGUCCCAUUCCCUACCAUCUGUCAAAACCCUGUCACUUCAUCAUUACCCGACUACUCAUGGUCACCACCGGGUACCGAUUCACAAUCUGUCAGCUUGUGGAACAAACAUGGCUGGGCCCCAUUCAAGAACAUGUAUUUCCUGCCACCAAAGAAAUCCUGCCCAGGGUUGUGGAGACUAUGUGUACCAUCGGCUAUACCUGUGAGGAGAUUGUGUCAUCCCUAACUCACAGGCAACAAAAUAAUAAUGUCAUGGCCACAUGCAAUAUUCUAAAAUACAAACUGAGUUGUGGGGACAGCACUCAGAAGCCCUGGUUAACUAGCAGCUCUGCAGGUCCUGUUCGCCUCCCUCUCCCCUUGAAGAGAGCCAGUAAUCCAGCAUUUACAACCAGUUCACAUGCUAGGAAGGGUCACUUUAAGGAGGAGGAUGUGGAAGAAAGAGGCAAAAGGUGCAGAAGCUACACUGUGCCUCACAGAUACUCCUUCCUGGAGGUGAUGCCCUGUUCAGAUAACAUAGUCCCAGAAAGAGAUGCUCUUAUGGCUGAUGUCAUCAACACUGCUACAGGGGACAUUGCAGUCAAUAGGAAUUCUGUUGACCAUCUGCUUGUCAAUCUCUCCCCACCUGAAUCAGUCCUGGAUGCAACACUCACAGGAUUUCUGAAUCUGGGCUUCUCUGAAGAGGAAUCAUCCCAGGGACCAGAAGUUCCCAGUGACCAACCCCAGGUGGCACCCACCACAUCUGGAUCCAGGCCAUUCAGGUUCUGGAAACUGGUGAGGAAGCGAAUUUCCCAUGCACUGAGAGCACUGUGCUGCUGCUGCUGCAGACCCACACCAAGGUGA